AUGGACUCUGACGGGGCGACAUACCUCCAGCUUGUGUCUGCCAACAACGCAGAGGCCAGCGUCUAUGCUACCUUUGCCACCUUUGAAGAGGCCGUCUAUGACGCCCUGCCGACCUACACCGACACAUGGGAGCAGCUGGUGGUGACAUCCACAAAGACCAAGACACUCGCGCUGAGCAAAGAAGAUCGGAAGCGGGCAAGUGCUUCACCACCGCAACCAUGGAAUCGUCUACCCAUUGCUCUCUCUUCUAUGUCUGAUCUCAAAGUCCUCAUCCUCGCCCACAAUGCCUUCUCAUCGCUUCCUCCUGAUCUUGGCCUCCUCUCGAACCUGCUCUACCUCGACAUGGCGCACAACGUCAUAGACUCGGUCUCGGCUUCGGUUCUUUGCUCUUGUUCCGCGCUGCAGACUCUCUCGCUUGCUGGUAACAAGCUCACCGCUUUUCCAGACCUCUCAUCCGUCUCCUCCCUCACAUCGCUCAAUCUCUCCGGCAACGCCAUCAACGCCAUCUCGGCUUCCGGCCCGCUCAUCCCCCACUCUCUGCGCAUCCUGGACCUCGCUGCAAACGGGUUGAAGAAGAUCUCUGGUACCUUUCUGGCCCACCACGGCUCGCUCACCUCGCUCUCGCUGGCGAACAACCCCAAGCUCAAGGCUCUGCCCGCCCUCUCCUUCCGCUUUGCCGUCUCGUCCCUCCGCAACCUCGACCUCUCCACCACCGCUGUCUCAUGGCUCCCUGCUCCGGUCUGUGCCCGCCUCCGCAAGCUUGAGACGCUCAACCUCCUCGACACCGCAGUCGCACACCUCCCGCCACAGUUUGACUCGCUCGUCCGCCUUCACACCAUCUCGGCGCUCAACUUCACCCUCUCCGCCGACUCGGGCCUCGACGUCAAGGGCUCGCUCCAUCAUUUUUUCCGCCUCUGUGGCCAGACCGCUCUUCCGCUCUUCCGCUCCGCUUUUGCUGACCUUCUCCUCACCCACGAGCCGAACACCUACGAUGUCAUCCGCGCCGGCGCCGCCCCGCGCUACCUCGAUCUUCUCCGCUCUGAUGUUUCGGCCCUUGUCGAGUCCGCCAUCAACGUCCUCUCCAAGCUCCUCUCCUCCGAGCACAACAAAGCCGAGCUCCUCUGUGCCGGCCUCAUCGAGGCCCUCGGCCCGGUCCUCGCCACCGCGCCCACUGAACUUGUCGAGCUCGCCACUUCGGGCCUCGUCCUCUUUGCCGAGCACGGCGGCACCCGCCUCCUCGCCUCGCUCUCCACCUCGGACAUCCCAUCAGUUGCUCGCUUUGCCGCUGACGCCCUCUCCGCUCUCGCCGUCCAGAUCCCAGCCGCAGGCAUGCUCCAGGUCCGCGUCCUCGAGGCCAUGCAGCUCGUCGACCCGUCGACCGGCAAGUCGCCGUCGUCGGCCUACGCCGUCCUUCGCGUCGGCACCGAGAAAACGACCACAGAGGCCCGCAAGGCUCCCGACGGCGCCCCGGCCUGGUCGCGCAACGCCCAGCUCAAUGUCGGCAUUGCCGACGCCAUGGGCCGCAUCAUCACCGUCAAGCUCUACAACCGCCGCACCCUUCGCAAGGACGUCUUCCUCGGCUCGGCCCGCCUCCCGGUCCUCACCUUUCUCGACGGCGCCGUCGUCGACAACUGGUUCCAGCUCCGCCCGCCCGACUCGCGCGUCUCGUCCGAAGCCGCGCUUACUGGAUACGUCCACAUGCAGAUCCAGUUCACCUCACAGGCCUCCUCCUACUUUGAGAACAUGGCCCAGAACGCCCGCCGCCUCGCAUCGUCGGAAGCCGCCCCGUCACCUUCGCCGCUCCCGGCCCCGGCCCUUCCGAUCAUCGUCGUCAACGGGACACCCGGUAGCGCGCCCUCGCCCGCCCUCGACGCGCCCGCCAUACACCCGGAGCCUGCCACCUACUCCUCCAUGCUCGAUGCGCUCGACGGCGAUGCUCGUCUCUACGAGAUCCUAACCCUUGGCCUCGACGCCUCGUGCGCCGUCUACUUUGACUCGGACACAGACGCCUUUCUUCACCGCGAGGCCUUUACCAAGGUGCAGUACACCAACCGCCACUCGGAGCAAAAGUACUUUUACGCCACCCGCAGAAGACCGGAGGCCACCGCAGUUGACCUCUAUGUCUCUUUCAUGGGCACCUACUCGCUUGCAGACGCCGCCAUCGACUUUAAUGUCCUUGCCCACGAUGCCCUCAACGGCCGCAUCCACGCCGGCUUUGCCCAGCGCGCCUACGCCAUUCCGCUCCUGCCACUCCUCGAGUUCCUCCGCCCGCCAUCCACCACCGCCGCCGCCCGUCGCGGUGCCCUCGUCCUCUGCGGCCACUCGCUUGGCGGUGCUGUCGCCGUCAUUGUCUUUCUUCGGCUCAUUGUCGAGUGCUCCAUCACGCCCGACGAGCUCCGCCGCAUCCACGUCGUCACUGUCGGCCAGCCGCUUGUGGGCGACACCGCGCUCGCCGCCUACGUCCAUGCCCUCGGCGUCCACACCCGCAUUCACGCGAUCGUCAACCACGGCGACUCGGUCGCGUGCUUCUCCUCGGCCUCGCCGCGCAUCAUUGCCCAGAACCUCAUCCGCCACGCCAAGGACGCCACCGUUGCCAAACUCCGUCAGCUGGCGCAAGAACGUGCCGCAUCGUCGCCGUCGGCCGACGAACCGCCGUCUCCCGCCGCCGCCUCAGAGUCGGACGCUCUCAACGCGCUCAUGACCUCGCCGUCGUCGGUCGCCGUCGACGUCCUCACACACUACAUCGCUGCCCGCUCCACAGACGUCUUCUUUGACUUUACCCCCUUUGGCAUUUCGUACAUGAUCGAGCACCCCGCUGCCCACGAGGGCACCGCCCGCUACGACGGCGCUGACUUUACCGUCACCGUCGCCUCCGAUCCAGCUGUCGUCAAGCGCUGGCUCGACAUGCCACCCGAGGGCCUCUCCACCUACAACCUUGACCAGCACAAGUUGUACUACUACUUUCAGAACUGGGAGGGCCUCGGCCCGCCGCCGUCCGCAACGCCAGACCUACUCUCCUUCCCGCUCCACUCGCUCGCCUCUUACUCGGAACGCUACGGCGGCUUUGGCGACGACGGCCUCGCUCUCUCGGUCGAGACCCGCGACGAGCCGGUUUCCUACGCCGAGGUCUCCGACGUUGUCGACGUCUCCAACUCGGCCGAUCUCGCUGUCGACCUGGCUUCGGAACUUGUCUCGGACCUCGGCACCCCGUCGCCGAGCCCAGGCCCGCGCCCCACCUCCGACACUGCGUCGGGUGGGGGCGCAGGUGCCGGCAGUGGGAGUGAGCCGAGCGGCAGCGCGCCGCUCAUCCACCUCACCACCUCGUGGGCGCCGGUCAUCUCGUCGUCGCACGCCGUCUUUGACUCGCGGACCGCCUCCAUCGAGGUCAUCCUCUUUGGCCGCUCGCUCCUCUUUGUCUCGCGCCUCAAGUUCCGCGGCGACGACUUUGACUACGAGCCAGUCUUUCUUACCGACACCGAGCUCCGGUUCCGGCUCCGCUGGCUUCCGGCCGUGUACGGAAAGGAGGAGACUGCCGCGACGUCGGACGGCAGUGGACUGUCGGCCAGCGAGUCAGGAGGAAGAUCCGCCGAGGUGGCGGCGUCUAUGGGAGACAAGGCCUCUACCCGUCCCGGCUCAUCGUCGGAAGCCGCCGCCGCCGCCUCGCUCGAGGCCGCCGUCAAGCUCGGCUCGUACGAGUCGCUCACUCUGCGCGUCAUCUCGCACUUUGGUGAAUCGCGGGUCAAGCUCAACCUGGCCCAGCAUGCCAAGUCGAUGUCGCGCGUCGCGCGGGUUGCGCGCAAGUUCUGGGUCGAGGAGCAGCGCCGCGCCGCCCGCGCCUCCAAGCUCAUGGCCGCGCUCCCGCCCGCCGCCCGCGCCUCGCUUCCGUCGCACUGGACCAACCCGGGCGCGGUCUUUGCCAUCUCAUGGCAGGGCCUCACCAACGCGCUUGCCUCGGUAGCGUCGACCAUCGAGCACACUGACCUCGUCGAGUCGCUCGCCUCGGCCUACCUCACCUCGUCAGCUUUCCAGGAGUACCUGGCCGAGUCGGGCGAUGUGCAGCUUCAGUUCUCGCACUUUGCCGUCCGCUCCAUCUCGUUCCCGGCGCCGCGGGUCGCCAUGGACGCUCUGCACAACAAGGUCGGCGUGGCGCUGGCGGGUAUUGCCAUCGAGCUCGAGGCCGCCUUCUCGGUUGUCCGCCUCACACAGUUCCUCUCGUACACCAACGUCGGUGUCACCGUCUCGAUCUCGGACGUCGGCGGCAGUCUCGAGCUUAAUGUUGUCGAGACCGCUGACGACGUUCUCUCGCGCGCCGCUGAGGCCGACGACGGCUCGGACGACGGAGAACUCCUCACCGAGGAUCUGGUGGCUGUCAUGGCGCCGCCGGCCUCGUUUGCGCUCCGCAUUGGCAAGCUCGACGUCGACUUUGGCCUCGAGCUCACCGACGACAAGGGCGAGGUCCUCGCUUCCAAGGACAACUGGGGCUUUUCCGGCUUUGUCCUCUCGCAGUUCUCCGGCUACAUCAAGUCGUCCAUCUCCAAGGCGCUCGACUCGGUCCCGAUCGAGGCUGCGCUCAUCUCCGAGCUCACCCGGGUCUUCCUCGAGGGCAAGCCUGGAACUCACAUCCCGCUCGCCGGCUCGGCCUCGGUCCUCACUGCAGACUACUCGCUUGUUCGCGCACCGCCUCUCAAGCGCGAGGCUGCGUCGUCGAUGCUCUGCACCGGCCAUCGCGGCCUGGUGCGGACGUACGGUCCCAACGUCCCACCCGAGCACUACGCGGACAUCCCGCCGCCGCGGCCGAUGGAUGCCGCGCUCUCGAUGUCGAAUCUCCACGACGCGGUCGUCGCCCUCUCGCCGGCCAUGGUCACCUCGGUUCUGCUCGCUGGCUGGCACGCCGGCUUUUUCGCGCUCGACGUCGCUGCCUCUGACCUGCCCGACUCGCUCGCCGACCCAGAGCUCUUUGCACACUACGCUUCCGACGCGCCGCCGGACACACCGUUCCACCUUGCAGUGGCAGUCACAUCGCCGCCAUCGGUCGUCUUUGACAGUGACCAUGGCAUCUGCCUCUGUCUGCACGCCGACUUUACUCUUCUCUCCGGUGAUGGCGACGGCACUGCACACGAGCCGGUCCACACCGAGCCGUUUGUGAUCGAUGUGAGCCUGGACCCGACUGCACUUGCGCUUGGUGAUGACGGCCUCGCCGGCGCGAGCAUCGAGAUCCGGCCGUCGGACGGUGUCGCCGAGUUUGAUGCCGGUCUCGGUCCGGUAGCGGCCGUCGUCCGCCAGUUCCGGACCGAAAUCCAUGACUUUCUCGUCCUUGCCUACUCCUCGCGGCUGCUGAGCCUUGUCGUCGAUUGGCUCCGAGCCUCGCCGCUCCUUCUCCUCGAUUCGGUCAAGCGAGUGGUGGCGCAGUCACAGGCCGAGGUUGCGCUCUUCCCCGACGCGCUUGUCAUCUCGUUUGUGGUUCCCGAGUACGUCCUCGACGAGCGCGAGGUUGCCGCCGUCGUCGCCACCACCCGCGACCUCCUCGGCUGGGGCACUUCGUUCCCCCUCCUCAACGCCACCGCGUCACGCAAAGGCAACGACAGUGGAGACGAUGCCGCGUCGCCAUCACCGCCUCGCGACGAUUUUGCCAUGGAUUCGUUCCUCAACCGAUUCGGCGCCUGGCUCGAGCGCCACGUCCUCGUCCAUCGGCACGGCGACGGCGGCGGUCUUCCUCAGGGCAGCCUCUCGCAGCCGGUGUCCUGA